GGGGGGCAGGGGGGGGCAGGAGGAGCAUGCUCCCGCUGCUGAAAUGUCAGACCUGCUUCAGAAACUCACAGUGACAGGCGGACAGACCGGACCGAUCAGUUCUUACUAAACAAACCGAUCCGGGACGUGCGUGUCCGCGAGUGCGAGGCUGUCAGCUGACAGGUUUCAGGUCAGACCGGAAAACGCGCACUGACCCCUGCCGACGCUUUCUUCGGCCUUUCCUCCGGAAAAGGACGAGAGGAGCCGAAGGCGGCUCGGCUCCGGCGCGCACAGCCGCGCUCGCGCGGAUCAGGUGAAGGAGGCUCGCGCGCGGGUGUGAGCUCCUCUCCACGUGAGCAGCAGGCGGUCACAGACACGAGGAAGUUCCGCUCGUUGUUCCCGCGUGGCAGGCGAACUUCAGGUGACUAUGGGGUAACACCUGAGGAGGAGCGCGCGGCUCUGCAGGCGAAGGUUGGACGCGGGAAAACUUGAAGCAGGUCCCGCCAUGGUCAAGAAGAGCCCACCCGGCUGGGUCCUCCAGGACCCCGAAGAGGACCUGGUCCACGUGAACGUGGGGGGUCUGAGGAGGAGCCUGUGUUCCAGCACGCUGAAGAGGUUUCCGGACACGCGGCUGGGGAAGCUGCUGGCGUGCGCCUCGGAGGAGGACAUCCUGCAGGUCUGCGACGACUACGACGUGCAGCAGAAGGAGUUCUACUUUGACAGGAACCCCGGCCUUUUCCCGUACGUCCUCCACUUCUACCAGACGGGAAAACUCCACGUGAUGGAGGAGCUGUGCGUCUUCUCCUUCAGUCAGGAGAUCGAGUACUGGGGCAUCAACGAGUUCUUCCUGGAUUCCUGCUGCAGCUACCGUUACCACGACCGCAAGCUGGAAAGCAGCCGCCAUCGCAGCUGGGACGAGGACAGCGAGGUCAGCAGCGUGGACACGUGUGUGGAUGAGAUCUCCGACCUGAACAGGGACAUGCAGCAUUUCCGGCACGUGCGCUACGGGAACCUGAAGAGAUGUUUGUGGCUGACGCUGGAGAACCCCGGCUACUCUAUCCCCAGCAAGCUGUUCAGCCUGCUGUCCAUCGGCGUGGUGCUGACCUCCAUCGCCGCCAUGUGCAUCCACAGCCUCCCGGAGUAUCAGACCUUCGACGCGGACGGGAAGUUGAUGGAAGACCCGACCUUGCAGGCCCUGGAGGUCUUCUGCAUCUGCUGGUUCUCCUUCGAGGUGAGGACGGCUGCGGCCGGCGCCUCCGACGCUAAAGAUGGCUGCCUGUGGAAACGGCGUCUGUGUGUCUUGGAGGUGGGGACGCGGCUGCUGCUGGCGCCGAACAGGAGGAAGUUUUUCCGCCAUCCGCUGAACAUCAUCGACUUGGUGUCCGUGGUUCCCAUCUACAUCACCCUGGUGUUCGACGUGACUCUGGGCUCCGAGUCCGAGCUGGGGAACCUGGGCCGACUCAUCCAGGUGUUCAGGUUGAUGAGGAUCUUCAGGGUUCUGAAGUUGGCUCGACACUCCACCGGUCUGCGCUCGCUGGGGGCCACUCUGCGGCACAGCUACCGUGAGGUGGGCAUCCUGCUGCUCUACCUGGCCGUGGGCGUGUCCGUCUUUUCUGGAAUUGCCUACACGGCGGAAUGCGAGGAGGACGUGGGUCUGGACACCAUCCCGGCGUGCUGGUGGUGGGGGACGGUGAGCAUGACCACCGUGGGUUACGGAGACGUGGUGCCGGUCACCGUAGCAGGGAAGCUGGCGGCCAGCGGCUGCAUUCUGGGCGGCACCCUGGUGGUGGCGCUGCCCAUCACCAUCAUCUUCAACAAGUUCUCGCACUUCUACCGCCGGCAGAAAGCUCUGGAGGCGUCGGUGAGGAACAACAACACCAAGAAGAUGAGGAUGAGCUGCGAGAACGAGCCGGACGAGGAAGAUGACGAGGAACUGGACAGUCGCUGUCUGGACGGAGAUGGCAUUGAGGACGACGAUGAAGAUGACAUUGAUCUAGAGGACGAAGGAGGCGUGGUAAACUACAGUUACGUCGAGCAUCCGUCGUACUCGUGGGUGAUGAGGAAGGAGAUGGAGCUGCAGUGAAGGAGCUUCUCUCUCCACUUCGGGUCACUUCGUCAAAUAAUUCGGAAGAACGCGAUGGAUGUCCGUUUGACUUAAGUCCGAGUUGGUUCCAUCCACGAUCGGUCUGGGUUCUCCUUUGACGUCAUGUGAUGGACUCAAGAGAACCAGAACAAGAGACCCCUCCCCCAUGGAAAAGGGUUCACUCUCACCCCCAGUCGAGUCAAUUAAAUCACCAUUUUUCAUGAUGCAGACGGCACAGCCAGACGUUAGUAAGCAGUGAUUGGUCCCGCUUGGUCUGAGUCACCGUUUCCAUGGCAACCACUCACCAUCAGAAAUGAGCUUGCCGCAAGGCCACACCCCUACCACUUAGAAGCAGGCUACACAAAAUCUUUGGACGUGGGGGCCAGCAGGCUCUGCCUACUUUUACUGAAGGAUCUGAUUGGUCAGU